AGAUCCCAUUCCUUAUGUCUAAUUGGUUGAUUGAUUGUUGCUGUUAUGGUGCCAUUUGAUUAUUUUGAUCAGUAUUCCUCUUUAAUUUUGAUCAAAAAUCGAAUUAGAUUUGUAUUUGAAACUUUGCAGAAAGUAAAAUUUGUUGUUUUCUAAUCUAUAAAAUUACCGCAUUUUUCAUCAAUGUCUGCUAGCGCUCCAAGUUAUGUUCUCGAUCAAAUCGAAGAAGAUGCUGGUGAAUUACAAUUUCCCAAAGAAUUCGAAAAUGCAGAAACUUUACUUGUGUCAGAAGUUUUAAUGUUACUAGAGCAUAGAAAACAACAAAAUGAAAACGCCGAGGAAGAACAAGAACUGCCAGAAGUGUUCAUGAAAACCUUGAACUACUGUCAAAGAUUCAGUAGAUUCCGAAACAGAGAAACAAUAUCGGCUGUGAGAAGUCUAUUGACACAGAAAAAGGUACAUAAAUAUGAACUUGCACAGCUGGCGAAUUUGUGUCCUGAAACUCCAGAAGAAGCAAAGACUUUAAUUCCGAGCUUAGAAGGAAGAUUUGAAGAUGAGGAAUUACGCCAAAUUUUGGAUGACAUUCAAACGCAGAGAAGCUUUCAGUACUAAGUUGCGUGACAGCAAAUCAUUAACUUUUUUUCUUCGGAUAAAGCAUUCUUCUCUUUGACUUGAAUCUCUUAUUUGUUUUUAAGUUAAGUUUUAUCAGGUUUAGUAGGUAUUUUAAAUAUGAACUGUUUUUUACUGAAUAUUUUUACUUUUUAAUACUUUCAAGUUAUAUAAAGCUCUUGAGUUACAUAAAGCUUACAAGUUAUAUUAUGUUUACAUUUGCUCUCAGUCAUCAUUUCAUUAUGUAUAAUUUUGAUAAAAUAAAAUUUUCUAAUUAACAGA